GCAGACGAUUUGGGGUGAGCCCCCUGCACCAAUGUGCAGAGCAGAGGACUUUGAUAUCUCGCCUUCUCAGCAGCGAUGGACCGUUCGGGCCGUGCGAGCACUCGAUACUGACCGCAUCUACUGCGACGAUGCCGUCGUGUCCGCUUUGGUCUACGCCUGCUGUGCGGCAGUGACGACCAACCGUCUCGUGGCGACUUUUCCGAACCGAACGCUCCAGAGCACACCACUCGUGACCACGUUUCUGUGCGGACGUUCAGCCAAGUCGGCCGUGGAGAUUCCGGGCUUUGCAGGCACAUGCACUGAUUUCUUUCCGAGCGAGACGCCUAUCGAAGGAUCGUGCCAGGUCGACCACGUCAGAUAUACCUCGUGGGAGCGUCUUGAUCGGGUCAUCGCUGGCGACUGCGUCUGGGACGACGAACCUGAAGAGAGCUCGGCUAGGGCUAGCAUUGUGUAACACGAG